AUGGCCCCUAUUACCCUAGGACGCUUACCCAUAAGGAUAGCUCAUAUGAUUGUCCACCGCGACUACCGUGAUCCAAAUAAUUACAGGAAUAUACCUUCACCGCUUGAUCGCGAUGCACAUGAUUACCGCGAUAGAGAUUAUACGAGGCCCCGACAUCUGCGAGAUUGGGAUUCGAAAGAUAAUACUUAUCAUCGUGGAAAUAGUUUAGCUCCACAGUACUUUGAUAGAAACAAUGAUUUGUAUGAAUAUAACAAACAUGAGAUACUAAGAGACGAGUCUGGUGAUUCUGAAAAGAGUAGUAGAUACCUAUCUGGAGCAACAAGGCAUAAUCAUUGGAGAGCAAGAGAUUCAUUGCAAGUUAGAAAAUCAAAGUCUUGGUCAGAUUCAUCGUCUAAUUCCGAGUCUCCGGGACGUUCUGCUUAUCAUCAAAGUCGAUCGACAAAGACAUCAUCUCCACGGAGUGUAUCACCACAUGCGAGAUCAUCAACUGGGAACUCGAGAUCAUCAUCUCCUCGACGUCCUGAUAUAGAAAGGACGCCUUCUGGACACGUCCUCAAGAUAUCCCUAACGAGCAUGUCUGAUAAACCCAAUGAGGAUGAACUAGAGCAUAGUAAAAAUCGAAGUGAUUGCGAGGAGGUCGAGAUUACGACUGAUGGUAGUAAAGAACCUAAAACAAACGAGGUAUCCACCAUUACCGUUGAUGAUGAAGAUGAAAUAAGUCACGGGGCUACUGUAACAAAAACAAACUCUGAAGUGGAUAAUGACUUUAUUGAAGAACAAGACCCCAGUGGUAAUGAUGCUAUUAGUACUAGCGGUACCGGCUGUGAUGAUAGGGGAGGCUGGACAGGGUGGAGAAGUCUAGAGCAGAAGGCUGCUGGUAUAGACGCAAAAGAGGAAGCAAGUGAUAAUACGUCAGAACAGCCAAUGGAUAUAGAAAGUGUAGCCUCGAGUUCAGAGAAGUCUCAAGAUAUGGAACUUGCAACGGAUGAGGAGGAACAAGCAGUAUUGAGCGAGUCACCAUACAGUUCGAAGCAAAGAAAAAAUUACAGUUCAAAUGGCGUCGACCAAAUAAACAAUCGAAAUGGUAACAGUUAUUUCCUUGAAGACGGGAAGUCAAGUGCGGAGAACAAAACCUUGUCCAUAGAUAAAGAAAACAAUAUCAAUUCAGAUACACCCAAUACAGCUGCAGAAAUUUCUGUGAGCAACAAAGAGAACCAAAAUUUAUCAUCGGAGGCAGAGCAAGUUGCAUUAUUCGAAGAACCAAAUAAUAAAUUGAGCUCAGAGAGUGGUUUUAAUUCAAAACAGAAUAACACUCAGCUGCCUGCAGAGCAGGAUAGCGUAUUUGAAAAGGAUAUUAAAACAGAGGAGACGAAUGAUCUUACCAGUCUAAGCAAAGCUAUCGGAAACCUAGAACUGCAAAUCCGAAAAGAGGAAGCUGUUCUUCAAGUUCUCCUACACAAAAUGGACGUAGAAGAACAAUAUGAACGUCAAAUAGAAGAGCAGCAUGAUACUGACUUUGUUCCUAUAACUUUAGGAUAUGAAAGUUCAUCUUUACAUAUGCUCUCGGAUGAAGCGGAUAGUACACAAGAUGAUUCAUCUGAUGUCGGUUCGGUUGAAGACCGUGUAAAUGUUUGUCCAUUUCAGAAACAGAUUUCGUCUAUCGAUCGACCGAGUCGAAAAGUUGAACCUCUGCACAUUAAAAUUUAUGAGCAAAAUCAAGCACUUUUAAGGCAAAGCGGUGCCGAGAAUGGCUCUGGAUCAUAUAAGAUAUUUAAGAGAUCAGAAGAAUAUCCAUUUUUCUUUAAUAAUAUACGCAAACACGAAAAGCUACGAGAAGCAAUGAUUAUGACAUUACGCGAACAGAAAGAAACCAUUACUGACAAAGAAAUGACAUUGAAACUUCGAUAUAAGGCUUUAUAUGAAGCCUGGAAGAGGGAAGUAGAUAAGAUGAAUGAGAAGAAAAUUGAAAAUGACCAAGCAGCGCCUGUAUCCACGUUACGAGGUAAUCGACGUGGAGAUGCUGUGAGGUCUGAUGCCGAGAUGUUUGAAAUUAUUGCGAGAAUUGAAUCUGCUGAAUCCCGUAAUCCUGAACUGCGUGCUCAGCGUACACUUGCCACCAUUCCAUCGAUGAUACUUGAUGCAAAUGAAUAUAAUAAACAUAACGUUGAUGAUAAAUGUGUAUUGGUUAGUGAUCCGUAUACAUUCUAUGGAAUAGGAGUUGAGGCCGAAGGUGUGUGGAAACCUGAAGAAAUAGAUGCGUUCAAACAGGCUUAUUCCGAGUUUCCCAAGAAAUUCAGCAGGAUAGCCGAGGCCAUCGGCACAAAGACAGCUGCUCAAUGUAUUCUCUUCUAUUAUCGUAAUAAGAAGAAGGUGGAUUUUAAAUCACUUAUUAAUGGAAGAAAUGGCAGAUCAAAGCGUAGAGGAGCUGGUCGUCGCAAAGCUGCUAAUCUCGGCCCUGCACUCGAGCUGACAACAAGGAAAAGACCCAAGACUCAAACUCAAGAGGAUACUGCGAUUGGUGCUGUUACUCGUAGAACAAGAAAAGAAAGGGAAGAGCAGAAAAAGAGAGAAUUAGGACAGCGGGAAGGUGAGAAGAGGAUUUUACGAGAACGGGCUAUUCAAGAGGAAAGAGAGAGAGGGAAAAGGUCUCAAAAUUUAGAGAAUAUCAUGAGGCCAGAUCAGGAUACUACAAACUCACAUUUGGUCGAUCGACAGCAUGAGCAAGAUCAGUUGCACAUUGACGACGAUCGUGAGUUACAGGGUGGUGUGUUUAAUAUAAAUGAUCAUGCUAGUGUUACACUGAUUAACUUCUUUACGUUUGAUACAGGUUUACAAGAGACUGUUGGAUUGACUGAGGACGAGAGAUAUCUGCUUACUGUUACCAUUAAGAAGUAUGGUGAUGACUUUCGUAGCAUAGCUAUGAACACUGGACAAUCUGAAGAAGCAUGUCGUGCAUUCUAUUAUAAUGAAUAUCUCAAACAAAAUAUGAGCGAGACUAAUAACAAUGAAAAUGAAGCUACGAUUGAUGAAGUGGUCAUUGAAGAAGCGUCUUCAAGAAAAACCAAAACUACGAGAAAGAAGAGAAUAAAAGGUAGUAAACCGGAUGAAAUAUUGGAUAAAGAUAAGGAAAAAACAAAACAAAAAAGAAAAUCCGCUCGUACGAGGAAGGAUCAGGGAAAAAACGUAGAUGAAAUGCAGGUAGACGUAAGUUCUGUGGCUAGUCCUAAUAAUGAAGUGGCUAGUCGUAGGACAUCUGGGAAGGGAGAUGAAAAGCUUCCACAGAAACGCGUCCAACAUUCUUCUUAUUGGUCUACAUCAGAAAGGGAGAUGUUUAGGACUUAUCUUAGAAAGUUUGGCUGUGCUUGGGAACUCAUUGCAGAUGCAUUGAAGACAAAGACUGCUCAACAAGUAAAGAACUAUUAUAAAAAGGAAUAUGAAAACAAUCGACUGGUUGCUGAAGAAGAAAGGGUUGAGGAUGGGGAUGAUUUUGGUCGUUUGAACGACAAUGGUGUAAUAUCCAAUGAGAAGUUGUCGUGGUCAAUAGAUACUGGUGGGCAAAUAUCUCAAUCAGCCGAUGGCAAGCAGUCUUACGAAUAUAGAUGGUCACACGGAAAAUAUAAUGGACCCCCAAUGGACCAUAGGCAAAGUAUUCAAUCUGAUAUAAGAAGAUCUUCUGUGCCUGGUUCAUCCGUCAUUAAUGUACUUGCUUCUCCUCCGCAAGCAAAACGACGUAUAGCUGACUUGCUGAAUCCAUCUGAAGAGACAAGCGAAUCAGACAUGGGAUGGUUUAGUGUGUCCGCUGAGGAAUUAACAAAUAAGCGCCUGAAACCACAUGUCACAGUUGAUUUAACAGUUGAUGAUAAUAACGCGACCACACGUAGGAAUGUCAGCCAUAAUAGCAGAAGGGGUUCGGUGGAAGCGGUAUCUCCGUCUGGUAGUGAUCGUAAUAUUGUUGAUAUUGUGAAUAGGUCUCGAUCGACUCAGUCUGUUGGACAGUCUGCUACAAGUCUCAAUCAGAAAUCACCUACCCAGAUAAUGUCGCAGGAGCAGCAACUUAUGCUAAAAAUGCAACAGAUGCAACAGAUUCAACAGCAACAUAAUCACAUCAAAGCUGAUUCGCAACAUUCAAUGGAUCUCACAUCUAAUCUCCGUGGCUGCCUCUCGCUUGCCGUUCCGAAAAAAGGUCGUCUUCAUGAACAAUGCCUCACGCUACUCAAAGGGGCGGACCUAAUCUUCCGUCGAAAAAAUCGUCUUGACAUUGCUAUGGUUCAGAAUUUGCCUAUAGCCAUUAUCUUUUUACCAGCCGCUGAUAUUGCAAAGUAUGUCGGUGAUGGCAACGUAGACCUGGGCAUGACUGGCGAGGAUAUGAUAGCUGAAGCAGGGGUAGACGGGAAAGUAAUUAAGAUAGCUGAACUUGGUUUUGGAAAGUGUAAAUUGCAAGUUCAAGUGCCGCAAAACGGUGGCCCAAAGACGGUCGAAGAACUGUACGUUAGUGGAAGUGUGGAAGUGGCAUGCGCUCUUGGACUUGCUGACGGCGUUGAAUCCGGAGAGACGAUGCGGGUGGCUGGCUUACAUGCCAUAAGCACAGUCUUAUCUACACAGGCUAUUCUUAUCGGAAAUAAUCAUCCAUCCAAUCCAGAGCUUGUUACUAAAAUUAGCUCUCGAAUAUUAGGUGUAGUAGCCUCUCAGAAAUACGUCUUAUUGAACUAUAAUAUAGAAAGAAAUCACCUAAAACAAGCGACUGUGGUCACGCCCGGGAGGCGGGCUCCUACAAUAAGUCCGCUUGAGGAUAAUAAUUGGGUGGCAGUACAGGCCAUGGUAGCCCAGAAUGAAGUGGCUCAUAUAAUGGACGAAUUACAAGCUGUCGGUGCACAUGACAUCUUGGUAUUUAACAUUAAUAAUUGUCGCGUAUAG